UCAUAGACGAAAACCCUAUGACUGACUGUUACGUUGUCAUGGUUGCAGAGGAAGCUUGAAGCUUGUUAGCCAAUGAACUGUAUACAGUCCGGUGGUUAGAUAUAGCUAAUGUUAGCCGUAAUCUAAAUUUGUAGCAAAUCUAGCAAAUAUUCGCUAAUUUAGCGGGAAUUCAACUAAAACCGUGGCGUCGUUUAACAAAACAGUGCUGACAGCUAAUACAAUAUUUAGCCUUUAAGAAUUUCACAUGCUACAACUAAGUUUGCAGGAUUUUCUUUAUAUAAAUUAGAUAGCCUAGCAUAGCUGGAUUGUUAAGUAAGUAGCUAUGAUGAGCCAAUUUGACUUGCACAACACUGUAGGCAAAUAGAUGCAGUGUGUCUAUUCUCUCAUCUAACGGUUGAGAUAAUGCUCUGGAGAAUUAGUGAUAGCUGCAGUACGUCACAUUUUCAACCAGAACCUGACGAAUAAAGAAGUUUGUAACUAAUUUUCGGUGAAAUGUGUCUGUUGCUUGGAGCCACUGGUGUUGGAAAAACUCUGCUUUUGAAACGGCUACAGAAUAUCCUUUGUUAACAUGUGCCAGCUAGAAAUAACACUGAAGUUUGGCUGUCGCUACUUGUUGCCACAAUACUAUCUUACGUUUCCUUGCUGACAUUAACUUAGCCAUUUACAACCUGCCAGCGAGCUGCGUUUGCUGUUGAAUAUUAUGUUACAACAUUCAUACAUACAAAUGAUUUUCGUGGAAUGCUACUUCUGAUUCAUGAUUAGUUACAAAAAAUGAUAAAAGAUGUACGUUAACUAACUAUUCUAGCCUCUCCGUGCCUUUAUGUCAUAAUGUGACGAUUGCCGGGAUCGGUGAUUUUCCUCCUUAACGGGCUGAAUUCACAGCUCGGCUUGCGUGAUGCACCCACGGAUUUCGGCGAACCUCCGGCAACACUGCCCACUGUGGGCACCAAUCUGACAGACCUGACCCUGAGGAAGAGGAAGGUGACGGUGAGGGAGCUUGGGGGUUGUAUGGGGCCCAUCUGGCCCAGCUACUACACUGACUGCUCCUGUGUCAUUUUCAUGGUGGAUUCUGCAAACAUCCACCAAGUGGCGUCGUCCUGCAUCCAGCUGCUGUCUGUCCUGUCCGCAGAGCCGCUCCGCUCUGCCUCCGUCCUUGUGCUCUUCAACAAAACGGACUUACCCUGCUCCAUGGGACUCAUGGAAAUGAAGUCACUCUUCAGAAUGGAUGACAUCAUCGCUUCAGCCUCCCAGCCAAUCACUGUACUCGAGCUGAGUGCGCGCUCUGGGCAGGGCCUUCUGGACGUGCUGCACUGGCUGGAUUCCACCCUUAAAGAAUGACAUCACCGCUCUUCAUUCAAGAAGUGCCAUCACCCAGUAGUGACAUCACUGUUCUUCCUGUCAGGAUAUGGCAUCAUCCUUCCAGCAUAGAGUGACACCGCCCCUUCCUUCUGCCAGAAAGAGUUGUUUUUUCAUGUUCUGUACAGAAAGGCAAGUCACAGCAAGGCCAUGCAACACCAAAACCCCUUGCUGCACCCAGAUUAUUGACAAGCUGACAUGGUACUGACCUUCAAAAACCCGAAUGACUUCCUAUGAGUCUAUGGGAUAGGAAACAUGAAUUCUCCUCCUGGCUUUGUUCUGUGAUCCUGUGCUACGCUUCAAUUCCAGACCCUGAGCAAGACUACCAUAGACAUGUAUAUAUAUAACAAAACUGGAAAACACACCCUCAGCCAACCUAUGCUGUGAAGCAGCUGGAAGUGAGCCUGUACUGUGCAUACUUCUACUGUGUCUGCAAAACAGUAGAGCUGCCCAAUGAGCAAUAUCAGGCUUUUGAAGGCUAAACAAAAUGUCCCUGAUAGUAUUUUGAAGCUUGAUUUACCAUUGUUUUAUGGACACAAAUCGUGGAUUAAAAUAUGAGGUUUUUA